UUCAAGAUGGCGACGGAAGCGUCUGCUACGCUGCAGCUCAUGUGCAAUAUUUUAAGUUUAACAGUCAUUGUAACAUGUGUUAUUCUCAAAGUGCCCCAGAUUGUAUCUAUUUUCAGCUCUAAGAGCGGUAGAGGGAUAAGCUUUGGCAGUGUCAUGUUGGAAACAUGUGGAUAUUCCAUAAUGCUGACAUACCACUUUGCGAUGCAGUAUCCACUGUCAACAUACUUUGAGUACACAUUCUUGGUGCUGCAAGAUUUAACAUUAGUUACCUUGCUGCUACACUACAGUGGUAAAUUGAAAGUUAAAAUUCUUCCAUGGUUUGCAGUCUAUUUUGUCGUGAGCAGUUCUUUUGCUUUCAGAUUUGUGCCUGAUGUUAUUUUGCAGUUGGCCAUUGGUUCUGGUCUGCCACUGUCAGUAGGUAGCAAACUGAUGCAGAUAUACUCGAUAGUGAGUAAACAGGACCCUGGACAAGUAAGUGCUGUCACAUGGGGGAUGGCUUUCUACACAACCAUGGCAAGAAGUGUGACAACGCUUGUCCAGACAGGAGACAUCACAGUGUUGGCCAACUUUGCCACCAGCUGUCUCCUCAACCUGACACUGAUGGUACUGGUCAUUUAUUACAGGAGGAUCAGCAAAAAGAAGCUCUAUUAAACUUACUGCUGAAUCCUACAGGAGCAGGAUCUUUGUUAGGUCACAAGUAAGAUAGGACACAAUGGGAAAAGCUUCUAGAAAGGUUCCAUGGAGGAUUUUAUGUCAAGUAGAUAUGUGCCUAAAACAAUCUUUGAAGACAUUAUGUUAUUUGCCAUAUUUCUAACAUUACAUUAUUGUUUGAUUUUAAGAAUCCAGGUGAGCUUAAGGCCCCAUUUUGUUUUUAUAGUUUAUAUAUUUCUGCAAACAAAUAAGUUUGGGUCAGUCACAAUAUAAUUAAAAUGAAUUAAAAUAAUUAUUUUUUUAUAUUUUUUUAUUUGGUAUGAGCUGGAUGUUUAGUAUUUUUACUGCAACAUUUAUAUAUGUGUUUACCAUAUGUACCUUGAAAAAAGCUUUGUUCUCUUUAUAAAAGGUUACAGUGGUCGAGAUUACAUUCAAAGCAUCUGUUCAAUUAUUAUCUAAAAAGAUAAUAGUAUUUUUUGUGGGUUUUUUAAUCCAUCAAAAAUGGAUGAUAAUGCAGACAAAAAUAAGUUAAACUAUUUUUGUUUUCUUAUCAAUCUAUAAGGUUGGUUGAAUCCGUAAAACAUAAAAUAACAAAGUUUUGCCUAUGGUAUAUGCUGAAAUAGAAGAGUGGACAUCAAACUCAGAUAGCAUGGGAAGUUCAUUAUAUGUGUUAAUAUGUAAUUAUAGAAAAGAAAUUAAUCAGAUAAUGUAAUUUUCAUAUUUACUUUGUGUCCAAAACUUACAUUGUGAUAUUUGUUUAGUUGACAAUAAGAUGAUAAUUAUGAAGAAAAUGUUGAUUGUAUAUGAAAUAUCCCAUAUUUGUUUUUUAUCAUAAGAUUCUUCUAAGUACUCAUUAUUGAAUUACCAGUAUUAUUUAUUAUGUCAACUCAUUUUACUUGUGGAUAUAUUUGCUCAGGGAAUACAUUUAUUUGUUAUGACCAAUUAGCCAUGUUUUGCUAUCCUUUAACACAUUAACUUAGCAGGGAUACAGAUAGGUACCCACUUUCCUUGGGAAAACAUCAUUACAGUGGACGACAUACAUUCUUGCAUAACACCUCAUUCAUUGAUAAAACAAUAUGGGAAUGAUAAUUCUAUUCCGACUGUUUUGGUAUAUGUAUGCAGAUAGUGAACUAUAUCCUUCUGUAUGGUAUAUCGGGGCGGUCGGGUAGCCUAGUGGUUAAAGCGUGGGCUCAUCACGCCGAAGACCCGGGUUCAAUUCCUGACAUGGGUACAAUGUGUGAAGCCCAUUUCUGGUGGCCCCCGCCGUGAUAUUGCUGGAAUAUUGCUAAAAGCGGCGUAAAACCAUACUCACUCGCACACUGUAUGGUAUUUCUGAAUAAUGGUUUUAUAGUAUGAGACUCCGUGGUAAAUAGACUUAACAUUUUGUUACCUAAAAUUCAAAUUUAUGCUCUGUGUACUGUCGAACCAGUUGAUGACAAGAAAUGCAUCUUUUGAUGUUAUUGGCAUCUGUGUCACAUUUCUGGUAUUAUAUGUUUGUUUAUUAUAUAUUCGGAAAGUAAAAUAUUAUACAAUAGUAUGCUUAGUAUAAGGGUAAUGUUAUUUGUUCCUGGCAUUAUCAUCUCCAGAAGCCCAAAGUCUGCCAUUAACUGCCCAACCUUUACAAAGUGACAUACUCAUUUUGAAAUACAGACAUUGAAAUCAAAAUAUUUCAUGGCAGUAGUUAUGUGACUACCAUUUCAAUAGCUCCCUAUGCUUUGUUGUAUCAUAUAAAACGGAAACAUGGGUGGCCCAGUGGUCUAAGGCACCUCAAUUUGCUCUGUCCCAGAAAGCUAUGAUUGUUGGUUCGAAUCCUGGUUCGCCCCAAUUAUGUUAAAGUUUUUAUGUUUGUUAGCACCAUAU